AUGCCUACCGCAGAUGAACUUUUAUCAAAAGAUCAUCCCUUCUUCCGAAAUGCCGAUUUUAUCGAUGAUCCGAAGACUGCCUCCUCCCGUAACGGCAUCCCCAUAGAUAAUCAGUUCCGACUUCUUCGCGAGGAUACGAUAGGCCGAAUACGAGACGAAUUGAAAAUCUUAACCGGUAAAAAGCCUGGACACCACAAGGGUAUCAUCAUCGAUGGUCUCUCUGUAACCGGAGUGGAAAUGGGGACCGAUCGCAAACGCCUGCCUUUGGGUAUUGUCCUUAAGUGCAAGGGAGAACUGCCACAUCUGAAAAAUAUCUACCUAAAAAAGCGUCAGCAAUUUUUACAGGACAGUCGCCAUAUUCUAAGACAGGGAAAUAUGGCAUGUCUCGUGAUCGAUGGCGAGCCAGCAGCAUUUCCCACCAUUCACAGGGACGAAGAAGGCCUUGCCAAAACCGCCGCCGCCAUCACAAUACAAUUUGCAGAUGAUUCAACACUAUCAUAUUCGCUUUCAAAGAUGAAGACAGCUGAGAAUGUCAAACUGGUCCAGCUUGACUCUGCAAUCUUUGCUUUUGACCCAUUCCUGGGACGCUUGCAGGAGAUGAAUGGUUUACCACUGGAGGAUGAGCUCGUUUAUUGGGAGGCAGGUAAGGACAUUGAAGGUCCCUCCUUCCAAGCAACCAAAGUGGUCAGGGGCCUGUAA